CCAGUGACCAGCAUCCGCUCCCCGCUACUUCAGUACUGCCUCCUUCUCUCUUUCUCUCUCUUGUACUCUUGUCCGCCUCCGCCUCUCCUCCUCCUCCUCCUCCCAUUAUCCACACCGGAUUUCCGCUAUCCCGGAUAUCUGCGGGCCGGGGCAAGGAAUAACCGUCACAAUGCAGCACGUCUUAUACCUCGGCCUCCUCCUCCUCCUCCUCUUCUCUGGCUGCCUCCCCGUGUCCCGCGGGCACAACAUCACCAAGAUCCUCGCCGAGCACCCAGAGUUCUCGACGUUCAACCACUACCUCACCGCCACCCACCUCGCCGGCGAGAUCAACCGCCGGAAGACCAUCACCAUCCUCGUCGUCAGCAACGCCGACAUGGCCCCCCUCCUCGCCAAGCACCUCUCCCUCUACACUCUCAAGAACGUCCUCUCCCUCCACGUCCUCGUCGACUACUUCGGCGCCAAGAAGCUCCACCAGCUCAACGGUGGCGCCGCCGCCUCCUCCACCCUAUUCCAGGCCACCGGCUCUGCCCAAGGCACCGCCGGCUUCGUCAACAUCACCAAUCACCGCGCCGGCCGCGUCUCCUUCGCCGCCGUGGACGCCGGCGGCGCCCCCCCGGUCAACUUCGUCAAGUCCAUCAAGGAAAUCUCCUACGACAUCGCCGUCAUCCAGAUCAGCUCCGUCCUCUCCUCGCCGGAAGCCGAGGCCCCCACGCCCGCGCCCGCCCAGGUCAAUCUCACCACCCUCAUGUCCAAGAAGGGCUGCAAGACCUUCGCCGAUCUCCUCGUCGCCACGGGCGACGCCGAGAAGACCUUCGAGAGCAACGUCGGCGGGGGAUUGACGGUCUUCUGUCCGAUCGACCAGGCCAUGAAGGCGUUCAUGCCCAAAUUCAAGAACCUCACCGCCGACGGCAAGCUCUCGGUGCUCCUCUACCACGGGAUACCGGUCUACAACUCGAUCCAGAUGCUCAAAUCCAACAAUGGCGUCGUCAAUACCCUGGCGACGGACGGGAGCGCCAAGAACUACAAUUUCACCGUCCAGAACGAUGGCGAGGUGGUGACGCUGAAGACGAGGGUCACGGUGGCGACGAUCACCGGGACGCUCAUCGACGAGGACCCGCUGGCGGUGUACACCAUCGACCAGGUGCUGGAGCCGCGGGAGCUCUUCAAGCCGGAGAAGACCAGGGCGCCGGCGCCGGCGCCGACUCCGGUGGCGGAGGCGGAGGCGCCGACAAAAUCGAAGAAGCGCCACCAUGCUUCGCCGCCUGCGCCAGCGGGGCCCGCGGAUGCGCCGGCGGCGGACAAUGAGAAGGCCGCGGAUGAUGAGAGCGCCGCCGGCGGGGGGGCACGUGCCGGGCCGUGGAUCGUGGCCGCGGCGGCGGUAGGCGCGGCGGUCGUUAUGGUGGCUUAGAAUUUUGUCUUCUUUUUUUUUUUUUUCCAUAGCUUUUUAUUCUCUUUGUUUUUGAUUGGGAGGGAAUAAGAGAGCGAACUGUCUCAGUUUAUUUGCUUUAUGGGUUAUUUGUAUCGUACUUUUUUAACAAAUUUCUUGUUAGAGCUUAGCUGCUUGGGUUGUCAAAGACUUAAAAUUUAUUGGUUUUUUUUUUUUGGAAGAUCUUUUGGCAUUAAGAGUUGCAGUAUUAAGGGU